UUUGGUUUUGAAGCUUGAGGAAUAGAAGAGAAGAGAAAAUAAGAGAAAGACAAAGACAAAGACAAAGAUUGUUGUGCAUUGUCAAUCUCAGGCUUAGAGUCGAAGCACAACAUCUCAAAAAUGGAACAAGACUCACAUUCCGCUUUCAACACCAGCCCCGUAUCAAAUACUGAACAUGACUUAGAAAGUGAGGAAUUUUGGACACUCUCAGGGAAGAAGCCGUUUUUUGAUAUCAUUCUUACAAAGUCACAUAUCAAUCCUCGAUAUCUAUUGACGCUUCCGGCCAAAAUUCAACCAGUACUUCCUUCCCUUGCGACACCUGCGGUUCUCACAUAUGGGGGCAAGGAGUGGAAUCUGACUUACCGCGGAAGUAAUGCCAGCUGCAAGAAACUUGAUGGUUCUUGGCAAAACUUUGUGGACGACAACAACUUGAAGAUUGGUGAUGCGUGUGUCUUUGAACUCGAUGAAAGCAGCUGUAAAAAACUCGUUUUUAGAGUUCAAAUUCUCAGAGGCGACAUCCCACCUGAAUUGCAUUCGAAGAUUGUUGGUGAGAGUUCGGAUUCUCCCAUCGUUAUUGAAUAGCAUGUGUUAGUUGUCCCCUUAAUGCUCCAAACAACAUUGUGAUCGUGGACUAAUGUAGUGUAGCUUAGAUUUAGAUGCAUGUUUAUGUACCUCAAAUGCAUAACUUUAGCGGAUUGAUGUCGUUUCUGUGAUGUUACUUGAUGUACAUUUCUAUUCACGUAGCAUCCAUGGUAUUUGGGAACAACAUUUUCCAACUAACUAUUUAUUAA